CGCUUUGAUUUGGUGUUUCCAUUGUGUUCUUUCAGCUCCAAGAGAGAGAGAAAAAAGGGGGUUUGACAACAGUGAUGAAACACAGGACUCAGCACAAUCAUUCGAAGAAAAUUGCAUUUAUUUGAAGCCUAAUCUGCCUCAUCUUUUCUUUCUGUCCAUUAUUGAGAAUCACGAACUUGCUAUUUAGUACCAUCAAUUCAGAUUCUGAUCAUCCACUCAAGAACAGAACACAAAGCCGAUCCUCCUUCCUUCUUUUUCUUUUCUUUUAUCUUAAAGUGGUAAGAACAGAAAACAGUAUUGCUUAAUGAAUCCUCCAAGAAGGUACAAUUUCUAACAUAUCUGUGUCCUUCACAUUCACCUUCAUAUGGUGUGCGUGUCCCAAGAGUUCACGGAGACGGAUCUUCUCAGGGAUAUCGUCACCAGCGCCGGUGGAAGUCACGGUGGAGCACAGAGCCGGACUUUGCUCGAGCCCAUGGUGGAGGGUCUCCUGAAAGGGAACAAGUUCUUGCUGGUGUUGGAUGAUGUGUGGAGGGCUGAGAUCUGGGACGACUUGCACCGCAAUCCUUUGCGAGGAGCAGGGUGCUGGUGACCACCAGAAACGAACGGAUCACGAACCAAAUGAAGGCGGUCCACGUCCACAGAGUGAGUCUACUGCCCCCUGAGGUUUGCUGGUCCCUGCUGUGCAGGAAGGCCACGACGAACGCAGACGAAGAAAGGGAUGCCCAAAACCUCAGAGACAUCGGCUUGAAGAUCGUUGAGAAAUGCCAAGGACUUCCCCUGGCCAUCAAGACCAUCGGAGGGGUUCUCUGCACGAAAGAACUCAGCAGAAGGGCAUGGGAGGAAGUUCUCCGCAGCAUCGCGUGGUCACAAACCGGCCUUCCCGAAGGCGUCCACGGAGCUCUGUAUCUGAGUUACGAGGACUUGCCGGCCCAUCUCAAACAGUGCUUUCUCUACUGCGCCUUAUUCCGUGAAGACUACGCGUUCGUCAGGGCAUGCAUGGUCCAGCUGUGGAUAGCCGAGGGGUUUGUCCGCGCAGAAGGCGAUCUCACGUUGGAGGCGAGAGGGGAGGAAUAUUUCAGAGAGCUGAUUCGGAGGAGCCUACUACAACCCGACCCCCACCAUUUGUACGUCGGCUGGAGCUGCACCAUGCAUGACCUGCUGCGAUCGCUCGGCCAUUUCUUGACAAGAGGCGAUAGCUUGGUGGUCAUCGGGGCGGCAGCAGUUCUCCACUCGUUUUGCACGUCACGAACGAAUGAGAUCCAGACCGUAAGGUUGCGAUUGUAGAAGGCUCCUAUGAAG